GCCCCGUGGCGCAUCGAUUCGAAAUGCUGCCGCGACAGACGGCAGACUGGCUGUCUGAAGCCGCCUAAAAAAUCCCCCUUUUUUUGCCGCACAGUCUUCCUAAGUCAUCCGAAGUAGGGCCUGUCCGCUAACUGUCAGAAGGUAGUACCACCUUGUACGUGGUUCCUGCGCAUCGUAAAUUCUAAGGCGCGGUGUAGUGACGGUAACGGUGAUAGUGACGGUGACUGUGACAGUGACGGUGACGGUGACUUUGACGGUGACUUUGACGGUGACGUUGACGGCGACGGCGACGGCGACGGCCACGGCGAAAAAAAGCGGCCUUCAGAGGGUCUUUUUUUUAGGCUACUACUCUUGAGGCGGCUUCUAAAAAGGCGCCUCGAAAACAGACCAUGCACGGCUCGAGGAGCACCAGUUCUUCCUCUCGAAGCGAAAAUGGAGGGAGCAGAAGUAAUGGCCCUUCGCGGCGCGUUAGACGGGUGACCUUCGAGACACCAGAAGACCCGUACAAGAUUGACGAUGACGUGGCGCGACCGCCAGAUGACGUGGCAAUUCUCGCUCCCGACGCGCCAAAUCGGGAAAUUCCUGCUCUGGGACCCCUCGAUUACGUGUCGGAAGCAUCCUCCGGGGAGUUCUCCGGACACGAAACGCCAGCCGUCGAUCUAGAAUCGGACGUCCGCGUGCGACGGUUGGAUUUCGACGCGGCACGCGAGACGCAUUACGUCAUUGUGGUCCACGGAACCUUCGACGCGCCACCGUCCGACGGGACGCGAACGUGGUAUCAGCCCGCGGCGCCCGGGGAGCACAACUUCUGCUCCAAAAUCAGCGCGCUUCUGGCGCGCGGGCCGCUCGGCGCGGAUAGCGUGUGGCGGGAGCUGCCGGCCGGCAGCGCUGUGGUUGGCAGGGCUGCCGGCGGCCGGCAAGGUUCGACCAUGCCGUACCCUUUCCACUGGGAUGGCACGAACACGCACAAGGGGAGGGUGGAAGCUGCGGAGAAGCUCUCUCUGCUGAUAGAGGAAAUUGCCCAGAAAGACCCUGCAGCCAGGAUCCACGUGAUUGCUCACUCGCACGGGGGAAACGUGCUGCUCAAAACGGUCGAGCUGUACAUGAGGCGCCUGGCCAGCCAAUCACCGGGGAACCUGCACCCAUUGGUGGAAUGCGAGUUCUGGGCGGCACACAAGGCGGGAUACGAUUUGAUUCGCAAAUGGAGGAAGCCGUACCAGAUCCGAUCUAGCUGGAGGCGGUGGCUGCCCGUGCCUGUUGUCUUUCAGAGCCUGUUUCCCACCACACACAAGCAGAAGAGCCAGGAGCGCUACCCCUGGGCGUGCUGCCGCUGGGUGGACUCCCUCCUGGGCCUCCCCGCCGCCCGUCAGCGCCUCUUCCUCUCCCGCCGCCUCGCCACGAGCCCCCUCUCCAACGCGCUCGGCUCCCUCGUCUUCCUGGGCACCCCCUUCUAUGUGAAAAAAUGGGACCCCGCAGGGAUGUUUCGGCUGGUUCUGGCGUCGCUGCUGUCUGCGGUGGCGGUUUUUGGAGUGAUGCUGGGGUAUGUGGUGGUGUGGGAAGUGGUUGUGAUGGAGAUUGCGCAUUUGCAGACUACGGAUCUGGUUCGCUGGCCGGCGGUGGUGGUGGCGGCGGUGGUUCUGCUUGGUGUUACCAGCCUCGUUGUAGAGGCGUAUUUAUCUACCAAGACAUGGGACCAGCCGGCCUACUACAACGGUAACAUCUACCACGAGCCUGGUUACCACUGGUCGCCCGCCAUGUCAGCACUUGUGAUCCACGCUGGCAAAUUGGACGAAGCCAGCCUGGCGCUUUCCAUUGAGCCAAUCGCGCGCGCCUAUGUCUUCCCCCACCUAAGAGAAGUGCUUAAAAUGCCCCUCUGGACCCCCCUCCCUCCCCUCCCCACCUCCCCUUCCUCCUUCUCCUCCUCCUCCUCCCCCUCCUCCCCCUCCUCCCCCUCACACACCCAUCCCAGCACCCACACUCACUUCCUCCUCUGGCUCUUAUACAUAGUAAACCUCUUAAGAGUGCUACUCUGGAACGCCAUUUUCCUCGUCCCCUUCGCCCUCCUCUCCCUCCUCUUCCACCUUGCGGCGCCCAUACUAGUCGAGACUGUACGGAGCGUGAUUGUAACGGUCACGUUCGGGCUAGCCCCUAAGGAGCUAUCUUCCGCGAGCGUGUAUGUAGACGAAGUGUUAGAUCUGCAUCUGUGGUCACAGCAUGUGGAGCACUGGAAUGUGCAGAAGCUGCUAGCGCAGGCCAAAACGCAGUCGUUACAAGGGAAGCUGAUACCCGGUUACCACGACGACACUGUAGAUGGGGGUGAGCCCGGUGCGAUGGGGGAAUUAGUGGAUGAGGUGGGUGGGUUGGUGGGAGGCCUGGGUUCGAAUCCUGGGGUGGGUGAGCCGCAGUGGGGUGCGUCGCUUUCGUUUUUGUCACGGGGGAGCGAUUCGAUGGUGUCACGGGGAAGUCGUUCGUUGGGAAGCCGAGAGGAUGUGGAGGAGGAGGCCUUGCUUGACAGGGAGAGAGCGGCCGUUGGUGCGCGGCUUGCUGCAGGGUCGCUGGCAGGAGCAGCAGCAGGAGCAGGAGCAGGAGAAGCAGGAGAAGCAGCAGCAGCAGCAGCAGCAGCAGCAGCAGCAGGAGCAGAAGGAGCAGGAGCAGGAUUAGGAGCAGGCGAAGCAGAAGGAGCAGAAGCAGCAACAGCAGGGGCAGCAGCAGGGGCAGAAGCAAACGCUUCCCUCCACAUCCCCGAACGGAUUUCCACCGCACCGCACACCACCGCAAAUCACACCUCUGGUGCCCACCCCACCUUGCCUCCCCUGCACACCUUCCCCCUCACUCCCACCGCCCUAGAGCACUAUCAUGGCACGCUUGUGUCUCCGCUACAGCAGGGCAUGCCUAUUUCUCCGCUACAGCAGGGCAUGCCUAUUUCUUCGCUACAGCAGCGCAUGCCUGUUUCCCCGCUACAGCAGUUGAUGCUGGUAACCCCGUUACAAUACCGGAUGCUUGUAACACAGAAAACGCUAAGGAGAAGAAGGGUGCUGAGGAACGAGUCACAGAUAGAGGACGGCGUGAGCAUGAGCAGGGAAGAAGGAGAGGGAGUAGGAAGUCACAGGCACGGGGCCGUUUCUACUCGUGCUCUUACCUCCGAUCCUCUGCCAUCCUCUAGUUUCUCCUCUGCUGAUGCUGCUGGUGAUGCUGCUGCUGCUGCUGCUGCUGCUGCUGCUGCUGCUGCUGCUCCUUCGCAUUUGGGCCGGUUUAGACUGCUUGCAAAUGUGGGAGGCCGCUCCUUCGCUCACUCCUGGUUAUCCCGGGCAGGCCGGGCAGAAAAAACAGCAGCGGAGGGUCAAUUGCCUGGCAAUAAAUCCUUGCGAGGUCACCCCAUGGGAGAAAGCGUUCAGGGCAGGCGAAGGGCACAGAGCGAAAUGGCAGAGGUGAGAAAAGGGGCUAGUAGGCUGGAACACGUGGGGGGGGUCUCUAAUGUUGGGCGAGACAGAGGGACGAUUGGGGGAAGAGAGGCUAGAGGGGGGCUGAAUUUUGAGUCGAUUCAAAAUACACCUCGCAUGUGGGUCUCGGGGUCAGCGACAAUGGCUAAGGGGGUGAGUGGGAAGUGGGGUGGGGGGGGUUGUAGGGAGACGGAGGUGGAUGGUGAGUGUGGGGGAAGGGAGCAGGGCGCGAGAGACGGUGUGAGGGCAGCGGUUGGAGGUUUGGAGGCAGACGGGGUAGGAAGAGGUAUGGGUAAUGAUGAAGCAGAGGGUCAAGUGGGUGUGAGGGCGGCGAAGAGGAAGCGAGGGAGGAGCAGGAUGGAGGAGGAGGUGGGCAGAGAUGCAGUGGGUGGGCCGCUGGUUGCAUCUGCAUCUGGUGCCGUUUCAUCUGGUGCAAUUUCAUCCGAAGCAAAGGAGGAGGAGGGAAGACUACUUGGAGGUGGCUCGAGAAGGGAGAAAGGGCAAAUCUUUGAAGGAGAGGAGGAAGAAAAGAUGGGGAAUGAAGAUGGGGCCGAAGUGGUUGAGAGAGAAGAGAAGGGAGAAGAGGAGGGAGAGGAGGAAGAGGAGCGAGAAGAGGAGGGAGAGGGGGAAGAGGAGGGAGAAGAGGAGGGAGAGGGGGAAGAGGAGCGAGAAGAGGAGGGAGAGGGGAAAGAGGAGCGAGAAGAGGAGGGAGAGGGGGAAGAGGAGGGAGAAGAGGAGGGAGAAGAGGAGCGAGAGGGAGAGCAGGAGCAGCUGCUGGGAAAGGUGGAGCAAGAGGAGGACGGGGAAGAGCAGGGGGAGGAGGAGAAGGAAGAGCAGGAGGAGCAGCUGCUGUACGAGUUUUUGUGGGAGGACAGCAAGUUAGAAGAAGCAGCAGCAGCGUCCGAGACGUACCGUCUGCUGCGAUCCGAGAUGAGGAGAAUGAAGAAGAACCCACGGCUUACUGACAGAGAGUUUGUGCGGCAGGUAAAACAACUCUGUGUGAUGAUCGAGGAGCAUCUAGGUGAAUUAACCGGCCGCUUUGACCUCAACCACGGCGCGUACUUCCGCGACCCCCGCAUCCUCGGGGCUGUUGCGCACUUUCUGCAGCACCGGGCGCUCCCCGAUUGGUCCAAAUCCCUCGACGCCGAUCUGCUGCGCCUGCAGUCCCUAAGCGGGCUCUCCCUGGCAGCAGCAAGCCGAGGAAUGGGCGAAAACGGGGAGGGUAUGGGGGGUAAGGGGGGUGUGGGAGGCAUGGUGGUGGGUAUGGGCAGUGCAGACAGAGGAGAGCAGGAGUUGCUGAGUUCUCUGAAUUGUGUGGAUGUUCGCACACCUAGCAUGGUGGGGUUUCGUGGGAAGAGAAGCGAGAGUCAGAAGAGGAGGAGCAACAGCGGGGGAAAGGCUUGGUCCGGUCAACUAUGGCCGAGUCAGGCUUUUUCGGGGCAGCUUUUCCCGAGCCAAGUUUUUCCCAGGCACAUUCUGCCGAGCCAAUCUGCUGUUAGUCAGCAGCUGAGCCAAUCUGGUGCUAGUCAGCAGCUGAGCCAAGAGUGGUCCGGCCAUGGAGGUUUGCCGACGACCGUCUCUUCAUCAUCCACCGGGGGUGAGUCAGCAAACAUGCAGCAAGGUGUGCAGCAAGAGUGGUCCAGGCCUGGGGGUUUGUCAGCUCUCUCGGAGUCAGCCAACAUGCAGCAAGACAUACAGCAAGACGUGCAGCAAGACAUGCAGCAAGACAUGCAGCAAGCCAUGCAGCAAGACAUGCAGCAACGCUGGCAGCAGGGCAUGCAGGAAGACAUGCAGCAAGGGCCUGGAGAUUUGUCGGUCAGCUCUUCAUCAUCCACCAGGGGUGAGUCUGCAGAGUAGCAGCAACGCAUGCAGCAAGGCGUGCAGCAUGGCAUGCAGCACGGCAUGCAGUAUGGCAUGCAGCAUGGCAUGCAGCACGGCAUGCAGUAUGGCAUGCAGCAUGGCAAGCAGCAAGGUGUGCAGCACGGCAUGCAGCUACGCACAGGGGUGUCUGAUGCUGCAGUUGAGGUGCAAAAAGGUGUGGCACCCUGGAACAUUUUUUCUAAUUGUUCUUAUUCUAAGAGCGUGUUCCUGCCAGCCUCUUCCCAAGCAACCUCUUCCCAGACUCGCGUGCUACAGUGUCGCAAAUUUUGACGCGAAAUGUUUGAGUGCGAUUCCACAAAGUGCGAAGUGAGAUUCAGCUUCCCGAGAUUCAGGGCCGUGUUUUAAAACCUCUUUUCAGACGAGCAGAUUUUCAGACAAGCGCGAAUCUGCACAGUAAAGUUUCGACGCCAGCUGACUUUAUGUGGUUGAGAGCGAUGGAACGCAAAUAUGAAACGGGAGUAUUCCGAAAAGUGGUCCUGGGAACACGCUCUCAAGGUCGCGCGUGACUCUGGGAAGAGGUUGUGUGGGAAGAGGCUCGUAGGAACGCGCUCUAAUUGUCCUGACUCUGGAAGGUGUUUCUGUGAGAGCAGGAGGCCAUGGAGAUCCUAUAGAACUGGUGUAUCCCAUAGUGCCCGUGCCAUAAUCGUCCAUGUACAAUGUAU